AUGGAUGCACUUACGGAACAUGCUCAAUCUCUUGCUUCCUCGACUUUUGUAUACGCUGAUGAUGUAGCUGUAUCCACAACAUCACGUGAGGAACUGGAAAAAACCCUAGAAGAGUGGAAGCGGCAGUUAAGAGCAGGUGGCCUAGUGCUGAGUGUUGCGAAGACCCAAUACAUGGUGUGCAAUGAUCCAAAUACUGUCGAAAGCGGCCCACUUACCAUCGAUGGCCAACAAGUCGUCAGAUGCGACCUAUAUAAAUAUUUGGGCACCAUGUUGCACAGUUCGGGGGAAGUGGACGUCAGCAUUCAGCACCGAAUUCCAGCAGCCUGGCUUAAAUGGAGGGUUACUUACUGGCGUAAUCUG